AUGGCGGAUAAUCCCACGGUAGCCCAAAGCUUGGUGUUUCUGUUCUACAACCUGAUACUGCAUCCCGCAAAAGCCGAAUACAUGUACAGAGAAGACUACGGCAUGGACUGUGCUCAGCCCCUGCAACAGCUACCUUUUCUCAACGCCGUGACCAAGGAGAAAUUGCGCCUGGACCGCGCCGUCCUCGCAUUUGGGUAUGGCUACAUCUAG